GCAGCACCCAACCCCUAAAAAUGUAAGCCAUGGGUUAUAAUGCAAUGCAAUGUACGUCGCUUUGGAUAAAAGCGUCAGCUAGAUGUAGACAUGUAAUGUCGAAUGCUGGUUUGUGGGGCGGACUCCUCACAGCAUGCAGUCCGUGUGGUGAGUAUAUUAAUGUAGUUUACAAACAUUAAAUACAAGGCACUAUUUAAAACAGGUUUAUGAUACUCAUUUGUUAACGAUAUUGGUAUUCCCGGGAGGAUAAACCCCAGCCUUCUAACUAGAGUCACUUCAGUCACCUUUCGUUUGAACAUGUCACAUUUUGGCAGUUCGUCCAUCUGUGUGCCUGCUCUUGUCCCAUUGGCCGCGCCAUGGUAACGAUCAUAGACGUUCGCCGAGUGAGUGGCCACGCCCACCGACUUGCGCGCUAGCGAGCUGACUCACCUGGCUGCAACGGUUUCUCACCUGAUACCGGGACGUCUCUUCGUGUGGCUUCACUUCCAGGAGCGGAGCUGCGGUCGGAGGAGGCCAGUGAUCCGCGAUCCGCCGCUAUGGACUGACUUCUGAAAAUAGAUCUUUUAUUUUUGUUUUUGUUUUUACACGCCCCUCCAAUCCUGUGACUUUAUUUCUCGAAGCGAGCGUAACCCGACCAGCAGAGGGGCCGCGACACACCAGGGGUCAUCUCCUCCACCCUCUCGCCUGUGCAAUGCCGAAGAGCGACACGUGGCCAGGCGGCGUUGCCAUGGAACCCUUGAGCAAUUUGGACAGUGCCGGCAGCUGCGACAGCGUGAUCAGCGUUAACUCCGGCUACAGUCAAGACAGCAUGGAGCACCUAUCUCCAGAAGAGAGGGCGUGCCUCAUGUUUUUUGAGGAGACGAUCGAAGCUCUGGAGGUGCAGGAGGACAGCGGAUUAUCCAAUGAUGAACCAGAUAACAUUUUUCUUGCAGGCCCGGAAGUAAAUGGUGUUCCCAGUUUGAAGUCUAAUGUGUGCAACAAGGACCAUACCGCAAAGCCAGGAUCCAAAGUCUUCUCCAUCCAAGACCGAGCUGAGCAUCCCGCUCCAAAUCACAGCACAGAACCACAGUCCUUUCUGACUUCUGCGGCCAACGCGAACGAUCUGGAAACACCGAUGCACCCGGUGAGUCCACCCAAACCUGCGGUCACCGCAUCGACGUCAGCUUCUCAGGUGUGUGUGGACAAGGAAGGAGAUGGACAUCCUGUGUUUGUCUCAAGGGCCGGUCCUCGCCCCGGUGUGUCCGAUGAGGCCUCUGAGAUCGAUGUGGGUGUGAUCCCCCCUCCCUCAGACUUCAUGGAUCAGCCGGGCACUCCUCCGCGGCCGCAGGAAGUAGAAGAACCUCCUCCCCCCGCGAGGAUAUCCAACGAGGAGCCAGGAGGCCCCUUGGAUUUGAAGCCACAGCCUCCCGAGAGCACCCAGGAGCCUCCAAAAAAGCCUCCAAAACUGAGUCUACCAGCCCGCAGCCCAUGUCUCCUAAUGAGUCCUCCUCCAGUGGCUGAGCCCAGAAGUCCACCUGUCGUGGCCCCUAAGCCCAAGAAGCUCCCCGCCAACAUUGUUCUGAAGUCACACAAGGCGGCAGUGGAUGUCCAUUCGGAACAUAUGGUGCACAAUAGCGGCGACCGGCACAUGCCGGACCCCCAGAGGGCCCGCAUUGAGGCCCUCAGAAAGCUCGGCCUGCUACCUGCUGAGGCCGAUCCAGGCCACAUCCUUUCUCCCAAAUCCAGAAGUUCGUGGUCGGCUCCCCUUUCUCCGAUCAGCCCGAGACCCCCGCUCACGCCACCGUACGGCCGCGUCAGCAGUUCACCCACGGCCCGCGCACCCCCCCAGUCCCCGGCUGCCGCGCCACCACCAGCUGCCUCCACAGCACCCGCGGUCCAGCCCGCUGAGGGCGUGCCGGCGCCGCCGCCUGCUUUCAGCGACUCCGUCAGACCUCUGCCAUCGGGCAGCAAACUGCGCGCUGACGGAGGUGCCGAGGCCGCGGCUGACGCGAGAGCGCCCACGCCGCCUCACGCCUCCCCUGCCCCGGUCAGGCAACAAGCCACGCCCAAGGUCGCGCGGGCCAAAUCGGCCACCCUGGAGCGCUGCGGCCUGGGUCUGAGCAGCCACGCGGCUGGUCAGGACGCCGCCGGCCCGCCAUACCGAAGCAGGGCGCGGCCGGCUUCCCUGGGGGGUCUGAACGAAUUCGCGAGUGCAGGGACGGAGGCCUCGGCGGCCCACAGCGCCCCUCAGCACGUCGGGGAAGCCACUUCCCAGAAGCUGCGUCGGUCGCAAGGCGUCAGUGUGCUGAUCUGCCCCCGCGCAGAGAAUGAGGGGGACCGCCGCCAGGCCCUGAAGAAGCUGGGGCUGCUCAGGGACUGAGGCCUCGUUUCGGUACCACUUCAGGUGCUUUAUUUAAAAGGAACACGGGAUACAGGAUUGAUGAAAGCAACACAACACAUUAUUUCAGUGGAUCUUAUUCAGCAUAACAUGUCCAUCACUUGCAUCUACUUGCUGCUCAUAUGCAGCCAGAUGUAAGAUGUUUUACGUCGGUGGAAACCUGUCAAACAACAACUUCUUAAAUUUUCACUGUGGUUUUUAAAUUAAAAAUACUGUUACUUUCAGAAGCUAUUUUGUCAUUUUAAUGUUUCUCAUUGAAUGUCUGCUUUUAACAGCGACACUACUUUGAGGCAGUUUCUCCUUUUUAGAUACUCAUAAGGUCACCUUCCCUUUUCAGCUCUGUGGAUGUUUUUUAUACUCAACAUCUCAAACCUGUUUGGCUCAGUUCCCUUUUUUUUAUCUAAAUGCUUUUGCAUCUAAUACCCAGGGUGUUGGUUACAUCCAUUAAAAGGUCCAGGACAGCAUGUCCUGCAUAUCAACAUUCCUUACUGUUACUCACAGCACAAGUCAGUGGCCACUAGAAAUCUGAAAUGUGCAGUUUGCAUAGUGACGUAUUUUUUGUUUGUUACACGCACUUUAACUAUUUAUUAUCAUAAACGGCUGACUUUGUUGACCUCAAGUCACAAACAUCUUUCACGCGCUUGAACCAGGUCUUAUUAUUUGCGCCGCAGUUUAGAGCUUUUAUGCAACACCUUUGCGGCUCAUUAACAUUUGCGAGCACUGAGACACUGUUUUCCAGCGCUGCAGGCUUUUAGGAGACAAGUAGAUCUGUCUGUAGAACAUUAAGCCGAAAGAUAUAUCUCUGAAAAAAUGUUAACAGAUAGAUUUGCCCUCCAGGACAUGUAUUUGAAAAUAUAUUAUUUCUCUAUUUUUGGAAUAGAACACAGACUUUAUAGAUAAUUGCGGGGGGGGGGGGGGC